AUGUUUCCCGGUCGACCCCAAUUGCAGUAUCCGCUGCGAGAUCUGUGUCUGGAUUACAUGGACUUUUGCAUUGUUGCUGUUAAGCACCUGAGACGCAAGCCAUUCGCGAACUUCUUCCGAUUUCUCGGCUCGUCGUCCCUGCUCUCAAGCCUUGACCGCAUCAAGGUGAGCAUGAGUAAGUCUGCCUUGCAAUUCGAACAAGAAGUCGAGCUUGCACACAGGCAAGCUCAGAGAGCAGAACAACUAGACCUUUCACGAAGGCUGGCCAUGUCGCCACAAGUUCUCACACCUCCUGCGUCUAUGCUUACCCCUUCUACUUCGUGGAACAGCACCGCUGAAAGAGUCGCAUUUCCCAUUACAACUAUUGUCGACUUCCAAAACUAUGCAUUCACCGGGCGCACGGAUGUCCUAGACCAGAUACACGAGGUCUUCAAUUCUCAGAUUAUCGUGGACCGCUCUGAUCCUGCUUGUGUGCUGCUGCAUGGGAUUGGCGGCGUGGGUAAGACACAAACUGCUUUGCAAUAUGCAUUUACGCAUAGCAAUGAUUUUGACGCCACAUUCUGGGUUCGAGCCGAGACGGACCACAGCCUGAUCACCACGUAUGCCGCGAUAGCCAGGAAAUUAGACCUACCUGGAGCCGAUGGUGGCUUAGAUGCGGGCAGAUCUGUAGAGAUGGCAAGAAACUGGCUAGAGCGGACUGACCGGAAGUGGCUCCUGGUCUUCGACAAUGUCGAGAGUAUUCACAGCUUGGCACAUUACUGGCCGAAGAAUUCACAAAGCAGAGGAUCCGUGCUCAUUACUACGCAAAAAUCCGACUUCAGUCCUAUUUCGAAGAUUUUCGUGGAAUUGCCACUCGAGUCUUUAUCAAGCCACGAAGGCGCGGAUCUGGUCUUCAAUCAUCUUCGAGGCUCAUCGUCCACCGAACAGGACAAAGCCGCUGCAGCUACCAUAUCUGAACUUGUAGGUGGCUUGCCUCUAGCUCUAGUCACCGUUAGUGGCUAUAUCAGAGCGUCGGCUUGCUCAUUGGCUGAGUAUCGUGCGAAUUUCACGCGCUCAUCUCGCAUCUGGACUCGAGGAAACAAAGAAACAGCUGGAGGAUACGAGAAGACGCUUGCCACUGUGUUCAGCUUGGCCCUCAGCGAGCUUUCCACAGACGCAUCGUCAUUAUUGAACAUUCUGGCCUUCCUCAAUCCGGAUAGCGUGCCAGAGAGCAUCUUUCGGAAGCGACAAAACAACGCAGACCUCGACUUUCUUGGUGACAGCGAAAGGUACAUCGAAAUGGUCAGGGAACUACGGCAUCGUCAUUUGAUUAAACGUGAAGUGAGUGCAAGUGGUGAAAGGACUCUUUCUCUACAUCGCUCGCUCCAGUGGAGCAUUUUGCACAGGUUACUCGAGAACCCUCCUCACCGCACGAAAGUCUUUCAUCAAGCAUUUACUCUCAUCCGUCAGAUCAUUCCAUACGACCCAGAAGCGCCGUCUACCCUUCGCGCAUCCAUGUACCCUUUUUACGAAACAAUGGUGCCACAAGUGCUUAAGUUUGCAACUCUUCUGAGAGAUAUCGGCACAUUCCUUUUCCAGACAGGAGAUUGGACAAACUGUCGUGCGACUAUGCAAAGCGUUGACGACAUUCUAAACGCUGUUGGCUACGACCUUGACGGGCGUAUUCGCACCGACGUCGAGGCUGACCUUGGCGUUGUCGACGAAUGGAUCGGCAUCAGUGCUCGCGACUCGAUGAUGGAACACUACCGUCGUUCCCUCCUGGUACGACGGCACUUUUUCAACUCCAUGCCACCGGAAAGGCGUACAAAGGAUAUGGAAAUCGUGCUGUGGACUGGCUGGACAGAUGUAGCAUGCGGCUACCUCGAGCGCGAGGAAUUCGACAAGGCCGAGCUGAUACUGGAGAACGCUUUGAAACAAUACCAAAGGUGGGAUCCUGAUGAAACAGAGUUACCAUAUGAACAUAGUAAAUACUAUGAAAAUAUGACAUGGGUACGGUGCUGGCAAGGGCGGUAUGAAGAGGUACUGGAAUACUCCCGUCAUGGCGCCGAGCUAUGUGAACGAGCAGCAGGCAGCCAGAGUGGCUGGACCUUGUUAUAUCAUUUUCACACUUCUCAUGUUCUCUUCAAUAUGGGCCACCACGUCGAAGCCAUCGACGCGAGUCUCCAAGUCCUUAGCAGCCGGCUUACUGCUUUUGGCGAGUCUCAUCAUUUCACUAUAGACAGCUACUAUAGUACAGGAGCCAUGCAUUGGGAAUAUGGAAACCUGGACGAGGCAGAAUUGAUGCUCCGCAAGUGUCUAUCAGCCGCUGCAAAGUCCUCUUGGUCCCUUGAACACCACGCACGCGGAAAAUACGUCCUUUCCUGCAUCCUGAGAGACAAAAGGCAGGCAGAAUUACUGGAUGAGGCCGAUGGACUAGAGCAAGAAGCGCUCGACUUCCAGGAUCGGAUGAUUCGCGAUCACCCACAAAUUCUCAAGCAGCUACGCCCCGAAGAUGGAGCUGUUCGAUCUUAUGGUAACCAUACAGUCAGGGAGGUUUACGGGAAGAACGAGGGGCACAGGCGAGCUGCCGGUAUAUGA